CUAGCCCGUGCAGCAGUGAAGAAACAAGACGAAGGAGAAGAAGGUCGAUACUUCCGAUCGGCCGUAGGGAAAGGGUUUAGGGUUUUUAGAAGAGAAGUAGGGAGAGGAAUAAUCUAUAUUUUUGAUCCUUACGUAAGGGAGUUGGGGUCCCUUAUAUAGUAACAUAUGGAGUCCUCAAACCCUAAUAUUAAUUCUAACCUGUCGGUUCAAAAAAGGCGUCGAGGCCCUCUUCACUAUUUGGGCAUUCCGCAUGGUCAUCGUUCGGCCCAUCUAUGCUUGGGCCCGUAUCAAAUAAUCCAUGGCAAGUGGCUGAAGGAGCUAAAAGGGAAAAUUUAACGCAUUUACCACGCACUUGUAUAUCUAAAAAAAGAGUCAUGUUUAAAAUACUAAAAUCAUGAUUACAAACAUGACUCUUUUGUAGAACAGAGGUACUUUUAUUUUUUCGGCAUUUUCUUAUUGCAGAAUGUGGAGGGAAAUCAGACUUUUGGCAGAGACUAAACCUGUGGUUGCAUCAAUGGCUGAUGUGGCAGCUAGUGGUGGAUACUAUAUGGCAAUGGGUGCACAGGCUAUUGUGGCAGAAAACCUUACAUUGACGGGCUCAAUUGGAGUUGUUGCAGGUCGGUCUAACUACUAAAACUCCUUUCUGCAAUCUUUAUCUUGAUCUAGCUGACAUGAAGGAACAAAAUUAUUUGGGCUUGAUAUUUGGGUAAACAAAAAAAAUAUCGUCUCUCUUCAAGUAGAAUGACCAACAUCAUGUUUCUUAAUGAAAUGAGGUAUCUCAUCAGUUCUGCCACUUCUGGAAUCAGUCUAUUAUUGGUGCUAUCUCAUGGAAAUGACUAGUGAUCUAUGAAAUUAAAAUGCAAACGACACUCUGUGUAGGUUGACUUGUAUAUUUUCUCCAUUGUGGAUAAGUAAUGUUUGUAUUCACAAAAGACUUAUCUAUACUCUUUCCGUCCCAAAAUAGAUUUCCUCGUUCGACUUUCACAGAAUUCAAGAAAAAGUGAAAUUGUAUGGUGGAGGUUUAUGCAGAGGAGAGAGAAAUAAUGUGAACCACUCAUUUUUUCCUUAAAUCGAAAUUGACAUUUAUUUUGGGACAUCCAAAUAAGGAAAAUAAAUAAUUUAUUUCGGGACAGAGGGAGUUUACUUUUCAACCAAGCUUAAGAGGCGCCAAAGGCCCCUUUGCCCUUGGGUUAGAGAAUUAAGAAAACGUUAGUGGAUUCAAUCACAUUUUGGGGUAAUGUAACUUCCAUGAUCUUGUGUCGUGUACUCGUGCUUUUAUAAAGCUCAUUGCAAACAAGAUCUGGGGUGCAGACAUGCAGUAGUGUGCAUAUAAGGGGUUCUAAUCUUAAACUUGUUGGAAACUUUAUUCAGAGGUGCAGUAGUUUGCAUAUAAGGGGUUCUUCCAUUAGUUUAUUAAUCUAUAAGACUCUUAAGUCUGGAGUCCUCUAGGAUUCUUUUUUUCCUUUCUAGUUUUUACACAACUGUUUGCAGAUUUGAAUGUAUCCGUCACUGAUGUUUGGUGCUUGGUAUGAUGCAUAUUGCAAUCUUGUUACUUUCCUGUGGAAACUAAAUUAUUAUUGACCUUUUCGUCAGACAAAACACAUUUGCCUUUCUCAUUGCUACAUAAUGGUUUUUUGCUACUAUUGAAAAUCUCAUUUCUUCAUGCGGCUGCAGAGACUAACAUUCACUUCACUCUGUCUAAUCCUUUACGUAAUCUUUGAAGGGAAGUUUAAUCUUGGAAAAUUAUAUGAAAAGCUUGGCUUUAAUAAAGAGAUAAUAUCAAGGGGUAGGUUUGCAGAGCUUACUGCUGCUGACCAACGACCAUUCAGGCCUGAUGAAGCAGAACUAUUUCAGAAAUCUGCACAGAACACAUAUAAACAGUUCCGAGAUAAGGCAGCAUUUUCAAGAUCAAUGAAUGUAGACGAAAUGGAAGCAGUGGCACAAGGGAGGGUUUGGACUGGUAAUGAUGCAGUCAAACACGGCCUUGUUGAUGCAAUUGGUGGUAUUUCUCGUGCUGUCGCAAUUGCUAAACAAAAAGCCAAUAUACCUCAGGAAAGACAGGUUGAUGUUGUGGAGAUGUCAAGGCCUUCUCCAUCUUUGCCAGAAUUAUUGAGUAGUACGGGAAACAGUUUGGCCGGAGUGGACCAAAGCUUAAAAGAAUUGCUCAGUGAGAUGGCUUUUUCAGACGGAAUCCAAGCCCGCAUUGAUGGAAUCGUGCUUGAGAAAAUGGAAGGAGCUGCUCAUGGAAAUCCUCUGUUGAGGUUGAUAAAAGACUGCCUCAGUUCUUUAUGAAAGGUUACUUUUACACCUUCCAUCUCAACACUUGUUUGAAGUGCCUCUGUUUUGUUUUUACUAAAACCACAGGCUAAUGAGUUAUUUAGCUAUAUCUUCCCACUUGGGCAUGUCUAAUGGGUGCUUGUUUAGGAGUGGGAUAUGAUGAUGAGUGGAAGAGGGCGGUGGUUAGAGAGGGGUGAGGGCUAUGGAGAGAGGAACUUAAUUGGUUGAAGAAAAGGUGUGGGCCUUUUUUCCUUUGCUCUAUAGUUGGUUCUCUUUUUUUUCUGCAUCAUAUUCAACCCUAUAAAAUAUACUGGUUCUAUUGUGAUUUUUUUAAAGGAUGAAUGAAUUUACAUAUCCAAUAGAUUCUAUUAGUAUUUUUGCAUGACGUAAUGAAUAUCAUAAGGAGAUAGAGGGUAUAAGUUUGUAACACCCCAAUCCGUAUAACCCGGAAUUACACGAAUUAAGGUGAAACGAGGGAUAAAUAAAAAUUUCGCUUGACAUUUGAAAAUGACAAUUUAUUAUAAAUAUUAAAUUUACAGACUCUGGAUCGCGACCCAUUUAAAAAUAUUUUCAGAGUAAUGCGGAAGUACAAUAAUAAUCAAAUCAUGACAUAUUUUAAAAUAUGUUGAUCAGACAUUUGCCUGCUAUCCUUGCAUCUCCUCUGACUCAAUGCCCUCCGGGAAUGGUUCCAUCAUUGUCUUCUUGUUACCUACGUGUAGUCAACGAAAAAUACAAACUACACGCUCAGCGAAACCGCUGAGUGGUACCACGCUAGAAUUGUAGAAUGAUUCACAGACGUAUACAUAUACAUAUAUAUACGUCCACAAAUGUAUAAUAAUAUUCAUGAUAUGGCACAUUAUAUCAUAUGGUCAAUUUGAUGAUUCAUGAUGAUAAAUAUUCAAUAAUAAUUACAUGAUGGCACAAUUAAUCAAUUUGCUUGUGAGGAUGAUUACAUGAUACUCAUAUAAUCAAUAUACUUGUU